AUGUGGGAAGAACCUUUCCUCUUCGGACGUCACCGCAUAUCCCACACUGGGGAGAAGCCACAUCACUGUGAUACAUGUGGGAAGAGCCUUUCUUCAUUCAGUAACUUCAAGAAGCACAUGAGGAUCCACACUGGAGAGAAGCCCUACAGCUGUGACCUCUGUGGUAAAACCUUUAAACAGACUGGGGAAUUAACAGCUCACCGCAGAGUCCACACUGGAGAGAAGCCCUACAGCUGUGACCUCUGUGGUAGAACCUUUAGCCAUGCUAGCAAUUACACAGUCCACAGCAGAAUCCACACUGGAGAGAAGCCCUACAGCUGUGACCUCUGUGGUAAAACCUUUAGCCGGGCUGACAAUUUCAGAGCUCAUAGCAGGAUCCACACUGGAGAGAAGCCCUACAGCUGUGACCUCUGUGGUAAAACCUUCAGCCGGGCUGAACAUUUCAGAGCUCAUACCAGGAUUCACACUGAAGAGAAGCCCUACAAUUGUGACCUCUGUGGUAAAACCAUCAGGCACGCUUUCAGUUUCACAGUUCACCGCAAAAUCCACACUGGAGAGAAGCCCUACAGCUGUGACAUGUGUGGUAAAACCUUUAGACAGACUGGGGAAUUUACAGCUCACCGCAGAAUCCACACAGGAGAGAAGCCCUACACCUGUGACCUCUGUGGUAAAACCUUUAGCAAUGCUAGCAAUCUCAGACGUCACCGAAUGUGCCACACUGGAGAGAAGAGACAUCACUGUGACACAUGUGGGAAAAGCCUUUCCUCAUCCAGUAACCUCAAGAAGCACAUGAGGAUCCACACUGGAGAGAAGCCCUACAGCUGUGACCUCUGUGGUAAAACCUUUAGCCAUGGAAGCAGUUUCACAGCUCACUGCAGGAUCCACACUGGAAAGAAGCCCUACAGCUGUGACCUCUGUGGUAAAACCUUUAGCCAAAGAAGCAGUUUCACAGCUCACUGCAGAAUCCACACUGGAGAGAAGCCCUACAGCUGUGACCUCUGUGGUAAAACCUUUAGCAAUGCUAGCAAUUACAGAGACCACAGCAGAAUCCACACUGGAGAGAAGCCCUUUAGCUGUGACCUCUGUGGUAAAACCUUUAGCCAUGCUAGCAAUUACAGAGUCCACAGCAGAAUCCACACUGGAGAGAAGCCCUACAGCUGUGACCAUUGUGGUAAAACCUUUAGCCGGGUUGACACUUUCACAGUUCACAGCAGGAUCCACACUGGAAAGAAGCCCUACAGCUGUGACCUCUGUGGUAAAACCUUUAACCAAGCUAGCGGUUUCACAGUUCACCGCAGAAUCCACACUGGAGAGAAGCCCUACAGCUGUGACCAUUGUGGUAAAACCUUUAGCCGGGUUGACACUUUCAGAGCUCAUAGCAGGAUCCACACUGGAGAGAAGACACAUCACUGUGACACAUGUGGGAAAAGCCUUUCCUCAUCCAGUAACCUCAGGAAGCACAUGAGGAUCCACACUGGAGAGAAGCCCUACAGCUGUGACCUCUGUGGUAAAACCUUUAGCCAGGCUAGCAAUUACAGAGUCCACAGCAGAAUCCACACUGGAGAGAAGCCCUUUAGCUGUGACCUCUGUGGUAAAACCUUUAAACAGACUGGGGAAUUAACAGUUCACCGCAGAAUCCACACUGGAGAGAAGCCCUACAGCUGUGACCUCUGUGGUAAAACCUUUAGCCAGGCUAGCAAUUACAGAGUCCACAGCAGAAUCCACACUGGAGAGAAGCCCUACAGCUGUGACCUCUGUGGUAAAACCUUUAAACAGACUGGGGGAUUAACAGUUCACCGCAGACUCCACACUGGAGAGAAGCCCUACAGCUGUGACCUCUGUGGUAAAACCUUUAGCCAUGGAAACAGUUUCACAGCUCACUGCAGAAUCCACACUCGAGAGAAGCCCUACAGCUGUGACCUCUGUGGUAAAACCUUUAGCCAGGCUAGCAAUUACAGAGUCCACAGCAGAAUCCACACUGGAGAGAAGCCCUUCAGCUGUGACCUCUGUGGUAAAACCUUUAAACAGACUGGGGGAUUAACAGUUCACAGCAGAAUCCACACUGGAGAGAAGCCCUACAGCUGUGACCUCUGUGGUAAAACCUUUAGCCAUGGAAACAGUUUCACAGCUCACUGCAGAAUCCACACUGGAGAGAAGCCCUUCAGCUGUGACCUCUGUGGUAAAACCUUUAGCCGGGCUGACCAUUUCACAGCUCACUGCAGAAUUCACACUGGAGAGAAGCCCUAUAGCUGUGACCUCUGUGGUAAAACCUUUAGACAGGCUGGGGAUUUAACAUAUCACCGCAGAAUCCACACUGGAGAGAAGCCAUACAGCUGUGACCUCUGUGGUAAAACCUUUAGGCGGGCUAGUGGUUUAACAGUUCACCGCAGGAUCCACACUGGAGAGAAGCCCUACAGCUGUGACCAUUGUGGUAAAACCUUUAGCCACGCUGGCCAUUUCAGAGCUCACAGCAGGAUCCACACAGGAGAGAAGAUCUAA